GCGUGGAGGACCCCUCACCUUGGAGACCUCAGGCCUUUGGGGUCACCCCAGCGCGGGUGACAGCCAGUGGGGGCUCAGGGGGUCAGAGGAGGUGCCGUGGGAACUUUGGGGUUCCGGCGGUUUCCUGCCGGCUCUUGAAAACCGGCCGUGCUAGAGCUGGGCUCAGAGAGCAGCACAGGCAGGAGCCAAGAGCCAUAACUCUUGCCGGGUACCCUCAGGUCUCUGCCCAGGACUCUGCAGUCGGUGGCGGCGAUGGCGUUCGUCCCUGAUUUGGACACCCUGGAGAACAGCAGCCUAAAUGAGGAGAUGUUUUAUGGCCCCGACUGCCUCUGCCCACAGAAGAAACCCCGCCUGGAUUUGGAGGUGACAUCACCCAGGGUGGGCAUCCAAGUGACAGUGACCAAGGGACAUCCUGCCAGGACCUUUCGCCGGGCUGCUGUCCUGGUGGCUGCUGUGACCAAGCUCCUAAAGCAGCCAGUGCACAAGGACUUUGCUGACAGUGACCUUGGCAGCUUUUUGGAUGAUCUUUUCGAGCCCAUCUCCUUCCAGCACGUAACGGGCAGUUAUGCCGGGGCUCCCGUCUUCCGCUACACCCGCUCCCAGUCCUUUGACAUCCUGGACAUCGACCACAAGUGUUUCGUGCUGGAGUCACCAACCCAGCUGGUGGCCCUGCACCUGCAGGGACCCUCUGUGGGACGGAAAGUGAAGCUCAACAUCGCUCUGUACCGUCCCCGGUCCUCGCAGGGCAGCCCAGGGCCUGGGCGGGUGCCGGUGGCGUUGGGUAUCAAGGGUUACCAGCUCUACAUGUCAUGUGUGAUGAGUGGCACCAAGCCCGUGCUGCAGCUGGAGGAAGCUGAUGUCAGGAGGGACAUCGAGACCGUGGAGCUGACCCGCUUCAUCUUCUACCGCCUGGACAGCCCAGCCGAGGGCACCACCCGCUUUGAGUCAGCCGCCUUCCCCGGCUGGUUCAUCUGCACGUCCCUGCAGCCCCGCCAGCCCGUGGGUAUCACCGACGCUCCUGACCAGGUGAACAUCGCUACCUACGAGCUGAGCGGGCGCUGAAGACCCCGCACCAACCCAACCGGCAGUCACCGGUUUUCAGGCUGUAUGUACCGAGUACAACCCCCUGGGAUGGGACCCCUCUUUCCAUCUACUUCAGGUGACAUAGUAGCUCUGGGCCCCAUGGGCUCAAGGCACCCCAAUCUUUAUUUAUUUACUUAUUGUGUCUGACCAGUGCUUUUAUAUUUAUUUAUUGUGCUCUCUUAUUUAUUUUUCCUUUUAACUUGUAUGUGUUUUAUUGUUAUCUGGAACACUGAUGUUUGUAGAGAUGGAAGUGCUAAUAAAAGGUUUCCCAGG